ACUACUCGGUGGAGCAGUAACCGUCGGACCGAAGCAACUCAUUUUCCACCACUCGUAGAUCUUGUACGCACCCAAAAUAUAAGUAAAUAAAUUAAAAUUAUCAGGGAGAAUUUUGGCUGUCUGUUUUUGGUGGUCAGUAGCUAUAGAUGGUGGCUGGCGAACUGUUGGGUUGUCAUUAGUUUUUGUAGCCAGGUACGUAACGGGGGAGCUGUACAUUGAGAGAAAAAGAGUGAGGAGGAGAUCUGGAGAGUGUGAACUGAAGAAGCCUUACUCCGAUGGCUUCAAAAUUGUUGAUGGUUACUAUCUUCAUAUUUGAUCUGAUUGCUUUUGGUUUGGCUGUUGCUGCUGAGCAAAGAAGAAGCACUGCCAAAGUUACAUCGGAUAAUGAGAAAGAUUAUAAUUAUUGUGUCUAUGACUCUGAUAUCGCAACGGGGUUCGGUGUUGGGGCAUUUUUCUUCCUCAUGGCUAGUCAAGUGAUCAUAAUGUUGGCAAGCAAAUGUUUUUGCUGUGGCAAGGCUCUCAAACCUGGAGGUUCAAGAGCUUGCGCAGUCCUCCUCUUUAUUAUUCUCUGGGUGUUCUUCCUGAUUGCCGAGGCGUGCUUGCUAGCUGGUUCAGUUAGGAAUGCUUAUCACACCAAAUACAGGACGAUCUUUGGUGGUGAUGAUCCUCCCUCCUGUGAGACAGUUAGGAAGGGAGUUUUUGCCGCAGGAGCAGCUUUCGUAUUCUUCACUGGCAUAGUUUCCGAGUUCUACUACGUUUCCUUUUCUAACGCCGGAGCCAGCUUUGAACCUUAUGGUGGAGAAUCUGCUGUGGGCAUGGGAGCCUACAAGUAAAGCUUGUUAAGCUGAUAGGUGAACUACAUCUUGUUGAUAGAGAAGUCGUAGUGUGGACUGGAGUCUGUGAUUGACUUGUAUUUCCCCUUUCUACUUCUAUUGAUGUCACAGGAGUCUUAAUUGAGUUUUUGAUUCUUUCAUGCCUGUCAUUGCAAAUAUCUUAGAUGCAUGUAUUACAAAUGUCUCUAUACCAUGUAUCUAGUGUGAGAGUCUGAGUUGAAUUGCAAUACAUCGAAAUCUCGAAUUCAAGGUUGGGAGUUCACAUUUUAA